AUGGCGUGUUCGUUCCCAACGAACCAGGCAAUCGUGGUCGGCGGCGGCCUAGGAGGAAUGUCUGCUGCGAACACCGUGGUGGAGCAUGGUGGACGUGUAGUGUUGCUGGACAAGUCGUCCUUUUGUGGUGGCAACAGCACGAAAGCCACCUCCGGCAUCAACGGGGCAGGCACCAAGACUCAGAAGGCCAAAGGCAUUCCAGACAACGCCGACAUCUUCACGCAGGACACCCUCAAGGGCGGCGCGAAGAAGCCGGAGCUCGCCAAGCUGCUUUGCGAUAACAGCGCUGCUGAUGUGGACUGGCUGGUGGAGAAGUUCAAUCUCGACCUCUCUCUGGUGGCGCGUUUGGGCGGCCACUCGCAGCCACGAACGCACCGAGGAAAGGAGCGCUUCCCGGGCAUGACCAUCACGUACGCCUUGAUCCAGAUGUUGGAGAAGGUGGCGGAGAAGACGGACCUGGCGCGGAUCAUCACGAAGGCCAAGGUCUUCAAACUCGUGACGGACAAGAACGCCUGCGUGGGCUGCGUCUACGAGAAGGGCGGCCAGAACUUCCAGGAGUUCGGCCCCGUGAUCCUCGCGUCAGGCAGG